AUGCCUCCCAAGAAGAGAGCUAGAUGUUCUACUAUAGAUGCUCAGGACGAUACGACACCUGAGGUUGCUUGUCGACAAAGCUCCAGAUCUAACCGCAGUGUUGGCGGCCAUGCAGCACAACUUCAAAAAGCUGGAGAAGUGAUAGCAGCACCCAUGAAGAGUCGGAAAGGACGAAACAAUUACCCUGAGCUUGAUGCCAGUGAUCCUGAAGAAAAUUUGAUGGCUCCUGUGCAGCUGUGUCAGGGGAAGAAAAGUGCUCCUGCAAAACCUCGAACUAUGAGCAGCAAUUCUAAGCGACCCUAUCAAAGGUCGGGCAACAAUGUGAGAAAUCACCCAGCCCACACUUCUCCCCAUCCAGUGCUACAUACUGUUUGCUCUUCUGACAGGUUUGGGUUUAAGGCACCUACGCCUACUUUCAGUGUGCAGCACACCCAGAAUGUAAACCACACUACACCUGUUCAAGCUCGGCGCACACAAAAUAUCAAGACAACACAAGACAACCCUUCUAAGCUUGGAUUUUAUCCACCUUGUUGGCAAGGCUGUCUUCAGGCAGCAAAGUUACAGAUGCGACUGCAAGCUGUUCUCACACAUCCAAUUCCAGAACACCAGGAUGCCAUGCAACUUGUGCAAGAAGUCCUGGACGCCAAAUUGUGGGUAUGCCACCAGAAGAAGCUCAAAUUCGAGGAUGGCUACUUCCCGGCAUAUAGCCCGCAGAUGUGCCAGUUGCUCUGUGACGAUCUCUUCACAUUCCAUACAGAGCUCAAAAAGAUUGAGAUAAAGAAGUGUGUCAUUGCAGCUGCCACUAAGCUACUCAAGACUGGUGAUUACCUCUGGAUCCCUGACUUGUCUGAUGGAAAAUUUGAGAAUUUUGUAUUGCAGGCUCUCAAGGAUGUUUGUCUCGAAUUUUUCUAUGGCGACAGCAAGAAAGCACUGAAGAACACAGACGACUUCCACCAAACAAUCCCUAUUAACACACUCAUUCUUGUGGUGGCAGUUAUGAAGGGUGUUAUUUCUGGGUUCAGUGAAACUGGGACCGACAAAUCUCCUGAACUCCCCGCUGAUAGAUGCAGGGCUGACUUCAACAAGUUGCGGACAUCAGUUGAUAAGUUGCUCGACAUUCCAGAACUUUGUGAAGAGCUUGAAGAGAUGCUGCAGCAAUGGGCUAAGAUUGGUAUGGGCGAAUCUGAUUGGCAUGCAGAUAGGAGUGCAGCAGGCAGUGAUGUGGACAUCAAUAUCAUACUUUAA